AUGUUUUAUGAAAAAGGCAACUUCCCAAUCGCCAUCGAAUUUGAUACGAAGGGAAAUAAAAUUGCCUGGAAAAUCGAAAUCGAGAAACUCGACUAUCACCAUUAUCUACCGUUAUUUUUUGAAGGUUUGGCGGAAACAGAACAUCCGUACGCCUUCUUCGCUAGACAGGGUGUUAAUGACUUACUAGAGCACGGCGGACAAAAGAUUCUACCAGUUAUUCCACAGCUCAUCAUACCUAUAAAGAAGGCCUUGAAUACCAGGAAUCCCGUGGUCGUUUGUGCUGUCCUUAAGGCGCUGCAACAUCUCGUUAUUUCUGCAGAGCUUGUCGGCGAGGCCCUCGUCCCAUAUUACCGGCAACUAUUACCAAUUCUCAACCUCUUCAAAAAUAAGAACACGAAUGUUGGAGAUGCUAUUGAUUACGGGCAGCAGAGGCGUGAAAAUUUGGGAGACCUAAUCAACGAGACUCUGCAGCUUUUUGAAAAACAUGGUGGUGAGGAUGCUUUUAUCAACAUCAAAUAUAUGGUACCAACCUACGAAUCGUGCAUGCUUCAAUAG